GUAAUCUGUGAUUGGUCACAGCUUGUCACAUGGUACAAGGCUGUUGUCAAUAGCCUUGUACCAUGUGACCUCUGUGAUCAUUCACAGAUUUCACACGUAGUAAGCAAUGAUGUCAGAAGUGACAUCUUGCUUACUACUCUUCAUGUGAUCACUGAUUGGCCAAUCAGUGAUCACAAGAUCGUGACCUCACACAGAGGUCUCGUACGACGAUCGGUGUUCUACUGUAUCCAGAGGACACAGGGGGUAUCGGAUCGCGGUGCUGCACGCUCCCAGGGAGUGCUCACAAACGGGGCUGGGAGGCUGUUUAUA